UCUCUCUCUCUCUCUCUCGCCCUCCCCCCCCCUUUGUUUCCUUCUCUCUCCCCUCUCUUCCCCUCUCUCUGCAAGUUAGGGUUUUCUGAUUUUUUUGUCCGAUUCUGCAAUUCUGGGUUCGGCUUCACCAGAUCACGAUUCUCGCCUCUUUGUGUGGGUCACGUUAUCAACCUAAGAGCCCAACAUUGUUCAGAUAGUGUUGGUGCUAUAUGGUUGUUCAGGGAAUGUCUCGGAAACAUCAACUUCAGUAAUAGAUAUAUCCAUGAAUUCGAUGAGAAUCUUCUGGUAUUACUAUUUAAACUGUUUUGGUAGUUUCCGUUAAUUCUGAGAAGGAAGCGUUUAAGCUACCAGAGGAUCAUCGUAUCCAUGCUGGCAGAGAGCAUGCGUGGAAUCUGUGCUUCGGGUAAUGCCCCUGACGAGAAUUGCUGCCGAUACACUCGGUGUGUUGACCAUAUGUCUAGUUGCUCUCUUGAUCCUUCUUGGUGUCUUCUGCAUUAUUUACUUGUUUUACUUUCGCUCUCACAUUCGUAAUCAGGGUUUUAUUCAGCUGAAUUAUUUCAGUGGCCCUUGGAUUAUCCGAAUCACUUUCAUCUUGUUUGCAAUCUGGUGGGGUUUUGGUGAAGUUGCCCGUUUAAGUCUGUUGAGACGUGAGGGGAGAGUGUUGAACGCCCUUAACUUUAAAUGGCAGGAGAAUCUUUGCAAGUGUUACAUUGUCUCAAACCUUGGGUUUGCGGAACCAUGCCUAUUCCUGACCCUUGUGUUCCUACUUCGUGCGCCUUUGCAGACAAUGGAGUCAGGAAUUCUAAGCCGGAAGUGGAAUGGGAAAACAGCUGGUUACAUUCUUUUCUUUUGCCUCCCAUUGGUUGCUCUUCAGCUCUUCGUUAUUUUAAUUGGACCCGAACUCCACAAGAAAGACAGUUUACAUAAAUUGCCUUACUACUUCACAAGUACAGUGAACAAGACUGAUCAUGUUGCCCUCUGCACUUACCCUUUGCUGAGUACCAUCCUGCUUGGGAUUUUUGCCAUCAUUCUAACUGCCUACUUGUUUUGGCUUGGAAGGCGGAUUUUAAAAUUGGUCAUCAACAAGGGUCUGCAGAAGAGAGUUUAUACAUUGAUAUUCUCGGUUUCAAGUUUCCUUCCGUUAAGAGUUACUUUGCUUGGUUUCUCUGUUUUAUCUAAACCAGAGCACGUUCAGUUUGAAACUCUUGCUUUCUUGGCGUUUCUUGCACUUUUAUGUUGUGCCGGGGUGUGUAUAUGCAUGCUUGUUUACUGCCCAGUUGCGGAUUCUUUAGCCCUGGGGAGUUUACAGGACUUGGAGAGUAGGAGAGUUAAUGAUGAUCAGAAUGACACCAUUUCUCUUAUUGCUAACCAGAGUCAUAUGGAGGAGAGUUCUGGAAUCAGCCCUUGUAGAAACUCCGAUGUAUCAGCCAAGCGUGGAUCAAUUUCUUUUCGUACUAUGGAAAAGGAGGAGGGUUCUUCUAGGGUACCCUUCGUGGAACUGAGCCUCUUCUCUCCUAGUCGAGAUGCAUCACCCCCGGAUUCGCCUCCGCUCCUUGGCUGGCCUAUGCGUCCUCAUCCAUCGUCUCAGUCACCAGUCGUUCGUGUUCAUCAAACCACAGCUAGAUAGAAGCAUGUAGCCGCAACUGAAUUCGCCUGGUCAAUAUCAAUAUCAAUUUUGUGGUAAAGAAAAAAACUGAUUGUAAAGGGUUUAGAUUUUUGAAUAAGGAUUUUUAUUCUUGGUUUGUUUUUUUGUUUUUCUAGUUUUCUUCAGAUUAGUGAUGGGUUUUCGCUUUGCUUGAACGAAUGCAUGAUAUGAUCUCUCUUGUUCUCCUGUACUAUUUUUGUAACCAUCUUUUAGUUUCCUGCAAGUUCCAAGUUUGCAUGA